GCAGCGGGUUCCUUUUUACAUAACGGCGCGGGGCGGCAUGGGCUCGGUCCACCGCCUCCGCCCGGCCGCCCGCCUGGACUGUCGCGGCCCGCGGAGGCCACGGCGGCGGCAGCAAAGUUUCCCUGGUGGCGGUCCGGGGGCGCAUCCUCCCGCAACCGUCAAGCGCUGGCGGCGGAAAUGAUGAGGCGCUGGCCAUUUUCCGAGCCCGGGUUUCCUGCCUGAGCCCCGCUCCUGAGAGCCGCGAGCGCGGAGCCGGCGCGCGGGAGCGGACGCGCCCGGGGCGGGGGCCCGCCCACCCCCUCGGGACUUCGGGGGGCCGGGGGCGCGCGACGCCAUGGGCAGGCCGGGCCCGAAACCCGUCUCUCUCAGCCUGGCCGCCCCACCUCGGUCUCCACCAUGAACGGGCCCACUCUGCAGCCUUCCUCGACCUCCUCCACGCCCUUGGCCUCCUCCGCCUCCCUGCCUGCAGCGGCGACCCCGUCCCCCCGGGGCUGGAGCGAGUUCUGCGAGCUGCACGCGGUGGCCGCCGCCCGCGAGCUGGCCCGCCAGUACUGGCUCUUCGCCCGGGAGCACCCUCACCUGGCGCCGCUGCGCGCCGAGCUCGUGUCGCUGCAGUUCACCGACCUCUUCCAGCGAUACUUCUGCCGCGAGGUGUGCGAGGCGCGCGAGGCCCGGGCGCCCGGGCGCGACUACCGCGAGACGGGCCGUGGGUCCCCCACCAAGGCCGAGGCGCCCGCGGCCGAGCAGGACCCCGGCCCUGCCGUCCCCGCGCUGCCCAAGGCCCGCAGCUCGGAGGAGCUGGCCCCGCCGCGGCCGCCCGGCUCCUGCUCCCUCCAGCACCUGCGCCGCAGCCUGCGCUUCAUCUUCCGCCGCCGGUCGGCCGGGGAGCUGCCUGCCGCCGCUGCCGGGGAGCUGGCCGAGUCCCCCGCCAGGCCCGGCCUGGCCAGGAAGCUGCUUCCCUGGAGCUUGGCCCGGGAGCCGCCGCCUGAGGCCCUCAAGGAGGCGGCGCUGCGCUACAGCCUGGCGGACGAGGCGUCCAUGGACAGUGGCGCACGCUGGCAGCGCGGGAGGCUGGCGCUGCGCCGCGCCGAGGGCCCCGACGGCAGCCCCGACCGCGUGCUGGAGCUCUUCGACCCGCCCAAGAGUUCAAAGCCCAAGCUCCAAACAGCUUGCUCCAGCAUCCAGGAGGUCCGGCGAUGCACACGCCUUGAGAUGCCAGACAACCUCUACACCUUUGUGCUGCGGGUGAAGGACCGGACAGACAUCAUCUUCGAGGUGGGAGACGAGCAACAGCUGAACUCGUGGAUGGCUGAGCUCUGGGAGAGCGCAGGCCGAGGGCUGGAGAGCACAGAUGCAGAACUGCACAUUCCCACCAUCCCAGAGCGCAGCGCAUCCAGCUCCCGGAGGGGAAGCAGAGAUUCCUUAAGCCAAGGUGCUUCUCCCGGGGGACUGCUGGACCCAGUCUGCCAGAAAACAGAUCACUUCCUGUCCUGCUACCCCUGGUUCCAUGGCCCCAUCUCCAGAGUGCAGGCGGCCCAGCUGGUGCAGCGGCAGGGUCCUGAUGCCCAUGGUGUGUUCUUGGUGCGGCAGAGCGAGUCGCGGCGUGGGGAGUAUGUGCUCACGUUCAACUUCCAGGGCAGAGCCAAGCACCUGCGCCUGUCCCUCACGGAGCGAGGCCAGUGCCGAGUGCAACACCUGCACUUUCCCUCAGUGGUGGACAUGCUGCAUCAUUUCCAGCGCUCACCUAUCCCACUGGAAUGUGGUGCUGCCUGCGACGUCCGGCUGUCCAGCUACGUGGUAGUCGUCUCCCAGCCACCAGGUUCCAGCAACAUUGUCCUCUUCCCUUUCUCCCUCCCUUGCUGGGACUCGGAGCUGGGCCUUCCCCACCUCAGCUCUUCUGGUUGUCCCAGGGGGUCUGGCCCAGAGAGUCUCCCAGGCCGAUCGUCACCCCCAGAGCAGAUCUUCCACCUGGUGCCUUCACCCGAGGAACUGGCCAACAGCCUGCGACACCUGGAGCAGGAGCCUGUGAGUGGAGCCCGGGACUCAGAUUAUGAGAUGGACUCAUCCUCGCGGAGCCACCUUCGGGCCAUAGACAACCAGUACACACUUCUCUGAUGGACAGCGAGGGAUUCAGGCCUCCGCAGCUGCCCCAGGAGCACAAGCAGAAAUGUGGCCUUGUGAAUGUAAUGAUCUUUCCUUCCUUCCAGAGAGAGAUUUAAGGGACACUGUCAACUGCUCUUUCCAGUUUGGACGUGACCCUUCUAUUUGGCCUGUUAAAGGGCCUCCGUGUGAGUUCCGUCCAUCACCUGGCUUACUUCUUAUUGUUUACAGGUGUAGUUCUUGUCCACAGAUGCUGCUAGCUCUUGCCCUGGGUCCCUGAGACCAGGCCCGUCACUCAGAGGAGCUGGGGUGAGGGCUGGAGCUGGCAGUGGAACCUUGUUCCUUUUCACUGACACUGUCAGAGCUGACAGACUUUCUACUGGGGGGGGGGGGGUUGUCACCAGGAAGCCCAAAACACUAACAAGCCCUGGAUUUUCACAUUGUAAAAGCAGUCCCGUGGCAGGUCCACGCCACAGGUGACCACUCCUACUCCUGCUUCUACUCUCAGCUUUAGGACAAAAGCUCUGUCAGAGAGACAAGCUAAAAGUCAAAAACGAUUUUAAACACUUUACCUCAGAUUUUGUUAAAGGAUUCAGGUUUCAAAACUAAACCAUUGCUUACUUCAUUGCACUGUUUCAACUAGCACCCGGGCUGUUUCUGCAGUCAGGGACAGCUAUGCAAGCCCUGCUUGACGUGCUCGUGUUCGGAGCCAGCCUGGUGUCCUCAGGACAGCUGCUGAGUAGCUACUGUCCUUCCUAAAUGUACAGAGGGCAGUGUGUCACCCUUUCAGGGAAGUUCAGGCCAUUCCUGAAGUAGGGUGGCAGGGAACAGUUCUACCCUGGUGCCUUAUAAAUAAACUGGAUUCCGGUUUACAGCAGCUUCACAGAGACUUCAGUUCACUGGGGGUAGGGUGUUUGGGGGAGGGACAGGCAAGAAGGGCUCCUGGACCCUUAGUCAAUCUUCAACCAAAAGGCUAGCUCAGAGGCCCCCAGUGGCUUACUAAAUUAUCCCCUAAGUAGGCUUUAGGCUCCUUUUUGAGCCAAAAUGGAAGCUAGGAAUCUGGUGCCAUAGCUCAUAGCCAGCAUUCUGUCCCAGCACACUUGGGCACAGUCUGUCAGGGAGGUCAGGCCUCCAUCUAUACUUGCCCUUCACAAGUGAAACAAUUCAUAUGGGAUGGGCUCUGUCCAGAACCUUCCACAUGUAGGCUCAUAAACAGAGGGGGCAGUGACAGUGCUGUUAGCUGCUCCUGCACAUUAGCAGACCAUUCAGUACAGCCACUAGGCUUACCACAGAGGCUUCAGCACAGCUUAACAUUCCCAGCUUCAGAAGUGACAUGAAACCUCGGCCCCGAACAAACAGUACUGCCUUCCUUAUCUGGUGGAAAGGAUUGGUCUGUUCCUGCUAGUUACUCCAAGAGGUGAAACUUUCACUUCUGGGGAUUCCUAGGGGGUUGGAGAAGCAGCCACCUCUGUACCACUCUGAAAAACUCUCCUCGUGUGUUCAUGGAUCAUACAGUAGAGCUGUGGUCCAUUUUUCUUGUUUGUUUAUAAAUAUUUGGGAUUGAACCCAGGGGCUCUUUAUCAUGGAGCCACA